UUUAAAACAAAAUUACGAAAAAGCGAAAACCCUCCUCCCCCUCCUCGCUUCCUCCAUUUUCGGACACCGACUCCGAUCGAACGAACCACUCAUCGGCCUCCGCCCCCUUUUUAAUUCCGAUCGUCGCUUCGGAUUUCGAUUCGGCCUCUCUCCCUCUCUCUCUCUCUCUCUAGAAAGAGCAGCGACGAACUCAUCGAUCGACCGAUCCCGCCGAUCUCCGCCGUGAGCAGGUCUUCGGCACCGAUCGCCAUGGCGAGGCCCUCGAAGCAGCAGGCGUCGUCCGACGAUGCCCUGUCGGACGGGUCCGAGGAGGAGGAGCAGCCGCAGCUCGACGAGCCCGUCAACGAGGAGGACGAGGAGGAGCUCGACGCCGUCGCCCGCUCCGCCAGCUCCGCUGACGACGACGACGCCGCCCCUCCCGCCGACGACGACGCCGACGAGAAUGGCGAGGCCGAGGAGGAGGAGGACGACCAUGAGGUUCGGUUGCUCGGCUGCUCCUGUUUGUUCUUUUACUGGAUUAGUUGGGAAUUUCGGCGCUGGAUCUCUCGUUUGCUUGCUAGGGUUUGCGGGGUCCGGCGCGGUUGUGGGUCUCUCUGGUGUUUUGCGCUAGGAGGUGGAUGGGUGCUUCGUGUUUGAAUGCGAGUUUUUCAAGAAGUUUUAGAAUGAGCGUUGGAUUUCGACCGAGGAUGUUCGGUUAGACGCUCGAGACAAGUUUCUACUGGUCUCUCGUGAUUCUUUUACUGCAUUCGUUUCUGCAGAUUGGCGCUUGCUGUAUUGAUCCUCCGCUUUGCUAUUGAAUGCGCAGAAUGAAAAGUAUAUACGUGUACUGCAAGGUUAAAUUAGCACAAGAGUUGAAGCAUUUUGGAAGUGAACUUGUUUCUUGCUCUUCGUUUGGGGUUUAUUAUUUUCUGGCAUACUCUGGGUUGGAUGAAGAAGAGCGGAAGUUGAGAGUGUCUCUCGCUCAUAGUGAAGGCAUGGUGUUCAACCUUCAUGUUGUGCAUGCCAAAAACUACGCCUUUGAGAGGGAUUUCUGUUUAUUUUAUUUUCUUUCUUUCUUUUUUUCCUGGUUGGUUGGUUGAUUUUGCAUCUCCAUGGCUAGAGUACUUGAGCAGAGCUGCAACUUUUCAUGUUUCUAAUAUUCGGAGCUGAUGACUUGGGUUUUCCCCUUUUAUUUCAACAUUUCCUUGUGAAGUUGUGAUCGAAAGCUUCAUCAAUCACCUCUCACCAUAUACAAAGUGGGAAACGAUGGCGAACAGAGCUUGUCUAACUUGCUCUGCUUCUGUCUUUACAUACACAUGACUUCUUAAGUUGGAAGAUAAUGGUGAAACAGAAGUUAGCAAGAUGAAAAGGCCAGGAUCCGUGAAAUGCAAAAGUUGAAGAAGCAGAAGAUUCAGGAAAUAUUGGAUCAGCAAAAUGCCGCUAUUGAUGCCGAUAUGAAUAAUAAGGUAAAAGGGCAGUUGAAGUAUCUUCUGCAGCAAACUGAGAUUUUUGCUCAUUUUGCCAGAGGAAACCAGUCCGCUUCACAGAAAAUUAAAGGAAGGGGUUGUCAUGAAUCUAAAAUAAUUGAAGAGGAAGAGGAUGAAGAAUGUCUUAAGGAGGAAGAAGAUGGCUUGUCUGGUAUGGGAAACGCGCAGCUGCUGACACAACCCUCUUGUGGGAACCUCUUGCACUGGGGACACCCUUUAUUGUAUUGUCGUCUGGCUCCAGAGAGAUUCUGUUUUGCUCUGAUUUAUGCAAUUAUCUUGCCAACAGGAUAUCUCCAGCAAAUAUAAGUUAACUGCUUUCUUAAGUUCUAUUUGUAUGGUUUU